CUUUCGCCCCGCCCCUCUGGCGGCGGCUUCUCACGUGGUGCGCGGGGCUCUUCUUCCCACGUGACACUCCCCACCACCACCGGCAAUACCGCAAAAGAGGGACCCCCGCCGACGUGGUUGGCAUGGAAACGCGGCGUGUGUUCUACCUGCGCCUCCUCGCCCUGGUGGUCCUGCCCAGGGCGCCGGCAGCUUACAGAAUUCCCCAGCUUGACUUUGAAGAGAAAUAUUUUGAGCAGUGGCUAGAUCACUUCAAUUUUGAAGCUUACAGCAACAAAACGUUUGCCCAGAGGUUCCUCAUUACAGAUAAAUUCUGGAAGAAGGGAGCCGGACCCAUCUUUUUCUACACUGGGAAUGAAGGAGACAUCUGGACCUUUGCUCAGAAUAGCGGCUUCAUCACGGAGCUGGCCGAGCAGCAGAAUGCUCUGGUGGUCUUUGCGGAGCACAGAUACUAUGGGAAGUCGCUGCCAUUUGGGGCAGCAUCGCUGCGGAAGGAAAAUGCCGGCCUGCUGAGCAUGGAGCAGGCCCUUGCUGACUACGCAGUGCUCAUCAGCGAGCUGACGCAUCACUAUGCUGCCAGGGAGACGCCUGUCAUUGCUUUCGGAGGCAGUUACGGAGGGAUGCUCAGUGCAUACAUGAGAAUGAAGUAUCCCAACGUUGUGGCCGGGGCACUGGCUGCCAGUGCCCCUGUGCUGUCCGUGGCUGGGAUUGGAGAUUCCAAUCAGUUCUUCAAGGAUGUCACAGCAGACUUCCAGAACUACAGUCCAGACUGCUCCAAGGCCGUACAAGAAGCAUUCCAACAAAUCAAAGACCUGUACCUGGCUGGAGCUUACGAGAGAAUCAGCAGCGGAAUGUCCACUUGUGCAAAGCUUUCUUGUAAGGAAGAUGUCUAUCAGCUGUUUGGAUUUGCCCGGAAUGCUUUCACCAUGAUAGCCAUGAUGGAUUACCCGUACAAGACUGACUUCAUGGGACACUUUCCAGCAAACCCGGUCAAGGUUGGCUGUGAGCUGAUGCUGACGAACAAGGACCGAAUCAGGGGCUUGGCAGCUCUUAGCGGACUACUCUACAACUCCACUGGGACCGCUCCAUGUUUUGAUAUUUACAAGCAGUACCAGAGAUGUGCAGACCCAACGGGUUGCGGCACAGGCUUGGAUGCCAAAGCGUGGGACUAUCAGGCCUGCACCGAAAUCAACUUAACCUUCAACAGCAACAAUGUGACCGACAUGUUCCCGGAGAUGCCCUUCACAGAUGCCACCAGGGAAGAAUACUGCUUCCACAAAUGGGGAGUUCGCCCUCGGCCAUCAUGGCUGCGGACCAGUUUCUGGGGCAAUGAUCUGGCCGCCGCAAGUAACAUCAUCUUCUCAAAUGGAGACUUGGAUCCCUGGGCAGGUGGUGGAGUUAGAAAGAACCUGAGCUCUUCAUUGAUUGCCAUAAUCGUCAAGGGAGGUGCUCAUCACCUAGACCUCAGGAGCUCCAACCCGGCUGAUCCACUGUCUGUCAGAGAGGCUCGCAACCAGGAAGCAAAUCUCAUCCGCGACUGGGUCAGAUCAGCCAGCACCAAGGAAGCCUGGGGGAAUACAGCAGCUGGAGCCUGAGAGCAAUGCGCUCCCAGCCGCUGUCCAGCCCCCUUUUAACAGGAGUCAACAAUGCAGCGUUUUGGUGCCAAAACCAGCCAGGAGCCCUGCUGAUGGUUGGGUCAGCCAAUGUUGGCCACCUAGGUGGCGACUCUUUGAGGCGACAGGGUUGUAAAAGCAAGAAAUAAAACUGGAAAGAUUCUCUUGA